AUGUCCCAUAUAGCCGUGGAGAGGAACAGAAGAAAGCAAAUGAACGAGCAUCUCAAGGUUUUACGCUCCUUGACCCCAUGUUUCUAUGUCAAAAAGGGAGACCAAGCAUCCAUUAUAGGUGGGGUUAUAGAGUUCAUCAAGGAGUUGCACCAAGUUCUACAGUCUUUGGAGUCUAAGAAGAAAAGAAAGAGCUUGAGCCCUAGCCCUAGCCCACGGCCACUGCAACUCACUCCUCCCCCACCUGACAGUCCGUUUGUAUUCGAAAAUGUUAAAGAACUUGGAGCAUGCUGCAACUCUCCAGUUGCGGACGUUGAGGCAAAAAUCUCCGGCUCAAACGUUAUCCUGAGAACAAUUUCCAGGCGAAUUCCCGGUCAAAUUGUCAAGAUUAUUACUAUCCUGGAAAAACUUGCGUUUGAGAUACUCCAUCUCAACAUCAGUAGCAUGGAAGACACGGUUCUGUACUCUUUUGUCAUUAAGAUUGGACUGGAAUGUCAGCUCAGUGUGGAAGACCUAGCGAAUGAGGUUCAGCAAAGCUUCUGCGAAGAUCUUACUUCUGUGAUGAAUUGA